AUGAGCUCUGCGGCACUGAAUAAGAAGCCCCGGGUGGCAGUUGUGGGGAAUGUAAAAUAUGUUGGCGAUGACUACUUGAAGAGCGUCAAAGCAGAGCUGAAUAUCGAGUUUCUUCAAUCGUCCAACCGGCAACAACUUCUAGAGGAGCUCCCUCGCUUCAUCGCCCAGUCAGGCCCAAUAGACGCUCUCAUCUGCACCGUUGAUACACCGUCUCUGAAGCCUCUCAAUGAAGAGCUGUUUUCCGCUCUUACUCCUCACUGCCGCGUCAUUGCCUCUGUGUGGGCAGGCUACAACGAGUUUGAUGUCUCAUGGAUGACGAACCAAGGCAUUUGGUUCUGCAACACUGUCGAUGCUGUGGCUGAAGCAACGGCUGACAUGGCCAUCUUUUUGACGCUGGCCGUGAUCAGAAACACGUAUGUUGCGGAGAAGAGAGUUCGGGCAGGGCUAUGGUAUAAUGGUAUUGUGCCAACCAAAGAUCCGACGGGAAUGACGCUUGGAAUUGUGGGCAUGGGGAGCAUCGGCAGGUAUCUGUCCUUCAAAGCGAAGACAUUUAACAUGAAAGUCAAGUACUUCAACCGGACAAGGCUGAGCGCCGAGAUUGAAGAAGCAUGUCAUGCCGAAUACUGCUCUUCAUUGGAGGAAUUGCUCUCCCAAGCAGAUGUCGUAUCGAUUAAUUGCCCUCUUACACCGGCAACACGGAAUCUCAUUUCGCAUGCUGAAUUCAAGAUGAUGAAGGACGGGGUGUUUCUCAUCAACACGGCGCGAGGACCAAUUGUCGAUGAAGAGGCGCUGAUCGAGGCAUUGGAAAGCGGUAAGGUCGAACGGGCGGGACUAGACGUGUUCACCAACGAGCCCAACAUCAACCCGGCUGAGAAGGAGUGUUUUGAGAAUGUCUUGAAGUGGAAGAGAGAGGGAAGGCCAGUUGCGCCGGUGAAUGAGGUGUGA